GGUGUUUUUAGUCUAAAGACCCGAAUCCCUUAGAAUAAUGGUUCAGGUCAACAUCCUGUUAAGACUGUUAAUCAUGCGAAACUCAGCAAAACAAGUAAUUAAAGUUCAACUCUACUCACAAAUAUAAGGUUGUUUUUAAAAAUCGAUUGGAAUCAUAGGAACAAACAAAAUUGAUUUGGGAUACAGUUUAGCACUGGAUUGUUUGGAAUAGUUCGGUAUAUUCAAAUACAUUAAAUAACCAAGUGGCUUAUGAAAAAGAUAUGCCGAUAGAUGUUAGACUUAAACUUGAUUAGUUCUCGUCAGUGAAUAAGUCUUAACAUGAGUGUACGAUGGGCACGUGUAAUAUGGAUAUGGUUAAGUAUAACAAUGAGUGCACGAUGGACACGUAUUAUAUGGAUACUGUUUGUUUUAAUUAUGAUGAGAUCGGUUGAUGGGACACAUUUCCGCGGGAUGUUAAUGACAUAUAAACCAGCAGGUCCAGAAAUGCCACAUGGGACGAUGUUGAUUACUUAUCGAUAUGCUGUAAGGGGAUCGACAGACGAAGGGACACGUUGUGACAAAAACACAAUAACAUCCAGAGUAAUAACGGGGCCUAGUGGUAUUAUAGAAUGUAAGCGAGGGUGUAGAGGUACUAUCAGCAAUGUCAAGUUCCAAUGUACUGAUUUCAGUCAACGUGAAGACUGGACACAGGGCAUCAAAACAUUCCAAAAGUUCUUCAAAGGACCCACAGCCGAAAUAAGUCACCGUGGUAGAAACUGGAUCGCACUUGUCAAAGGGGGCGGUGAAUAUGAGAUUCGAUUGUUUAUGGGAAUAUACAUUAGAGCUGAUACAGGUCGAAUAAAUUCUUCCCCAACAACAGCAGUGCUUCCUAUCGUUCGCUUACAAAAUGGAUGUAAUCAUAAACUCAGCAUUCCAGUUGACGAUGUAGAUGGAGAUGAUAUAAGAUGUCGGUGGGCAGAGUUUGAACGAUUUGAAUGUGCUGGUGUGUGUAACAGCGCCAACGCUAUAGCUCAAUUAGACUAUAUGGAUUGCUCAUUGAGGAUAAGUGGAAGACUAGAGACCGGAUUUUACGCCGCAGCCAUCAUGAUCGAAGAUUUCGACGAUGUUUCCUCUACGACACCACUCAGUAGUGUUCCCGUACAAUUCCUGCUACUUGUAUUUAACUCAGAUGCUGGUUGUUCAAGUGCACCAACCUUUUCGACAACUACGCGAAAUGAAGGUGCGUGUGUUGGUGUCACACAAUCUUUCGUCGAGCCUAUCACUGUUAAUACAGGCAAUGCUAGAGGAAUAAUAACUGACAUCGACACAGUUUCACCACAAGGACUUGAGAAGUCGGAGGUUUUGCAACGUGGACCAGGUGAAUACUACAUUAACAUAACAUGGACACCCGAACGGAGCCAAGCAGGGCCGAAUAUAUUUUGUUUCAAUGCAAUUGACAAUAUAGGUUUAUCAUCUGGCCAAAGGUGUAUUACAUUUUUGGUAGGAACUGCGCCACCUGAGUUUGUGGAAGGUACUGAGAGCCCCCCGAAUGGGAGUAUCAUUCAAGAAUGGCACAAUCAGUUCUCCAUACGAGUCAACAGACCAGUAAAUAUC